AUGGACUACAGCUCGAUUGUUUUUCGCGAGUUUACACCCGAAUCAUUACAUCGUAUUGAACGUUAUCGACAAGAGGAAGCUGAACGCCUUGCUUCCGAUCGAUUACAACGACAAACAAUACGUCAAGACGAUAGUGAUUUAUUAUAUAGUUCGAUGAGAAAAUCAUCAAAUUAUGAACAACCUAAUUUAAAACGAAAACCUAAUAAAGAAUUAGCUGUUGGACAAACAUUACCAAGAGCAUUACAAACAAAAUUUCCAGCUGAACUUAUUGGUAAACCAAUAGAAGAAAUCGAUCGUUCGACAUCAGCUUGUUUUAUAUUUUCUCCAUACAAUUGUUUUCGUCAUUUAGCAAUUCGUAUAUUAACUCAUUCACUUUUUAGUACAUUUGUUAUGCUUACUAUUUUGGCUAAUUGUAUAUUUAUGACACUUAAAAAUGUACCUGAAACAUAUGAAUAUAUCUUUACAGUAAUUUAUACACUUGAAGCAUUAACAAAAUGUGUUGCACGUGGAUUUAUUCUGGAAAAAUUUACAUUUCUACGUGAUCCAUGGAAUUGGUUAGAUUUUAUUGUUAUUACACUAGCAUAUAUAACAUUCUUUGUCAAUUUGGGAAAUGUCUCUGUCCUUCGAACAUUUCGAGUACUAAGAGCAUUAAAAACAGUAGCUGUUGUUCCAGGUUUGAAAACGAUUGUCGAUGCAUUAAUUCAAUCUCUUAUUUGUUUACGAGAUGUUACUGUUUUAUCAAGUUUUAUUCUAUCAAUUUUUGCUUUGGUAGGUUUACAGCUUUAUAUGGGUGUUUUACGACAAAAAUGUGUACCAACUUAUGAAUCAUUUAUCAAUGGUUCAAAUUUUUCAGUUGGUUUUAAUAUGUCUUAUGAUUCUUAUGUAAAAGAAAUUCAUAAUGAAAUCUAUUGGUAUCAAGAAGAUGAUAUACAUGUUGUUUGUGGAAAUGCUAGUGGAAGUCGAAAAUGUCCACAUGGUUAUAUUUGUUGGAAAGAUCUUGGAAUAAAUCCGGAUUUUGGUUAUACAAGUUUUGAUAGUUAUGGUUGGGCUAUGCUUUCUUGUUUUCGAUUAAUGACACAAGAUUAUUGGGAAAAUCUUUAUCAAUUGGUGCUGUCAGCUGCUGGCCGUUAUCAUUUUUUCUAUUUUGUUG